AUGGUAUUUGUUAAUCCGGAAGAAGUUGAGAUUGAAAGAGCCAAAGACUUUCCCUGCUUAGGUAACUUUCUCAACAUUUUAAAAUCUUUGGAAAAUGGCAUCCGUAGUAGUUAUGCGGAGAACUUGAACCAUAUCAGAAGUGAGGACUUUUUGAGGCUUAUUCUUGUGGAUGCCGCCUUCAUCAUUGAGCUCUUUUUGAGGACGCUUUUCAAAACAUCGACUGAUCUGUGGCUACUAGAAAAUCAACUUCCAUUAUUUGUUAUUCGAAAACUAUACGACUUGGCCUUUGGCUCUUGUUCAGAUACUUACCCUCCCUUCCUUGACCUUGCAUGCAAAUUUUUCAAGCUUUACGAUGAUCAUCAAAAGAAGUCCAUCACAGGAGUAAUAAAUCAUUUCACAGUCUUGUUGAGAGCUUUCUUUUUACCGCCAAUUAAAGAUGCAGAGAGUAGUGGCAAUGGUGGAAAACUUGAGGAGAAAAAACAAAAUUGCGAUGAAGAUGAAGUUGACUGUCCUUAUGAAGAGUUACGUGAACAUUUUCCUAGCGCAACACAACUACAUGCAGCAGGUGUGAAGUUCCGCACAAGCGAAAGCAAAUGCUUGCUUGACAUAAAAUUUUCCAACGCAGUACUCGAAACACCGUCUCUGCAUAUAUGGGAUGAAACAGCAGAUUGUUUCCGCAACCUCAUUGCCCUGGAGCAAUAUCACUAUCCGCAUGAACCAUUCAUCAGUGACUAUUUCACAAUUAUGGAUUACCUUCUUGACAUUAGCAAAGAUGUAGAUUUACUAGUGGAAAUGAAAAUUAUUAAGCACUGGCUUGGAAGUGGUGAUGAAGUGGCUCGUUUGUUUAACAGUCUUUGCGUAAAUAUUGGUAAAGGAUGGAUUAACGGAAGGUUCUUUCGUCUUAUAGUAGAGCUGAACAACUACUACAAUCAGCCUUGGCAUAGCUAUAAAGCGACCCUAUACCGUCAGUAUUUCAGCACACCUUGGAGAAGUGCUUCAACAGCUGCUGCAACUAUAUUGCUUGUUCUUACUUUAACUCAAACCAUAUUGACUGGUUUCACCUUGUAG